AUGGAGUUAGAUGUAUCGCCAAUGGAAUCUGUUAGCAACGAUAUGGAAUACCCCGAAAACUCAUCCGAAAAUAAAUACUUAUCAUGUAAUAAUAAUGACCAAUAUACCGUAAUUCGUAUUCCUCAAGACGGUGAAAAACCUAACAAGCACUCCUCCAGAAAACAGUCAAAACGAAGAAAAAAGAGUUCAAGCCAUUCUAGACCUCUGCCUAGAAUAAUAGUAAAGCCAUUACCACCUCCUCCACCACCAGAAAAUCGAGAAUGGACAGCAGCUUCGUCAUGUUCAGAAUCAAGUUCCACUUCUAGUAGUAGACCAUCAACCAUGCGAGAAGUGUUAGCUAGCAUACCAGGUUUUUGUAUCAAACCAAGAAAACGCAAUGGUAAGAAAUUAUCAACAGCUGCUCAGUUGCAACAAACUAGAGAAGGGUGCAUAGAUCUAGAAACUCCAGAUUCCAUACUUGUUAAUACAAAUAUUAGAGCUCUCCUUAAUAAGCAUACAUAUUCCCUCCUUCCUCCACUUUAUCAGUAUAAACUAGGGCAGCUACUCCCAAAUGUUGAUAGACCAAGUACUUCGGGACGUCUAAGUUCAUCUAGUCUUAAUAAUGAGUUUUUUGCCCGAGCCUGUUUAGAGUGGCAAGAAUCUUUAUCUGGAGGAGAAUUUACACCUGAAAAUCAACAAAAAAUGAAGACUGAAGCUGAAAAAGAGAAAAGCCGAAUUGACCCAUGGAAAUUAAAACAUUUUGAACCAUUUUGGGGUGAGAAAUCUCAGAGAGAAAAAUCAUCAAUCAAUUUAAAUUCUGAGAGACCAUCUCUGAAGACGACUAUAAAACUGAGACCCACAGCUUCUAUUACCAGCAGCAGUACUGUUCCUAAAAUUAAAAAGAGUAAAUCCUCAAGCUCCAGUAAAAGAUUGCGUUCAGUUGGUGCAGUGACUAGAUCUUCAGCAAAAGAGGCUGAGGAAGCCGAGGAUGAUUCAAUGGCUAGUAGUAAUAAAUCUUCAGCACCGGUACCUGCAUUACUGCCACUCAAACAUUCUAAGAGCCAAGGCUAUGUUGAUUGUCAAAUGGACUUCAGUUUCUCUGAUUCUUCAUCCAUUACAAGAAUAGAAGAUUCUGUAGCUACAACCCCUAUAGAUCCUCUUUUGUUGCCAGAGGACUCGGCAAAUGAAGUGAAACAAGACUUGGAUAUGAGUGUUGUAAAAAUUGAAGAAUCUAGUGUAUCAAAGGACUGUGAUGAGGAUAAAACAACAGACUCAGAGAGUAAUUUAGCUGAGACGACUAAGAGAUUGAGUAAUGAUAUUGAAGAAUAUAGGUUCUCAAAGAGAGUAAGAUAUGAAGAUGAUUAUGCUGUUGAUCAUACAACUUUCAUGAACCACAAUAUAUGCAAUUCUGAAAGCAACAAUGUCGAUGAAGAGCCUCAUUAUACCAAUGAACAUAUAAGUCAAGUUGAAGAAAUUAAUUCCUACACAGUACAGGACCAAGGAGACACCAAUAGUGAAGAUAGCAAAGCUACAGCUUCUGUCUAUGAAUAUGAUGAACAAAGUGUAUCUUCUAUAUCCAGCUUGAAAAUUGAAAAUAACCUGAACAAUGUCUCCCUUAUGGCUGAAUCUACUGAUGUUGUGGUAAAUGAAUAUGAAAAUACAGAACCAGAAAUUCAAGAAAAUACUUUAAAUAAUGAAGAAGUUGUCACAGAAUCUCUGAUACAUGAUAAUCAGGCAGAAUUUGUACCUGUUUUAAAUGAAAAUAUAGAUGCAUACGCUGCAAAUAAUAUAGAUUCUCACCAAUGUGAUAAAAUGGCUGAUGUAACAAAUGAAAAAUCCUUUGAAAAGAUGGAUGUUAUGGAUGAAAUUCACUACUCGGGUAAAUCUGAAGAGGCUCUCAUAAAAAACGAAUCUAAUAUUGAAAGCAAAUGUGAUCAAAAAUUGAAAGAGACUGAAAGUGUUGUUCCUAACUUUUAUGAUGAACACUUUAAAGAUGCGGAAUCUUUUAUAUUAGAAAGUGGAUUACCAACAAUGGCUCCUCAAAGUGAAGUUGUGAAAUAUGCACCACAGACAAACAUGAUGGAGCUAACUUCAUAUAUGAGUGAAACUAAUGUAACCGCUGUUGUUACAAUGCCAAUGCCUCAAAACACAUCUAUACCGAUGAUGGAAGUUACUAAUACAUCAGUUGUCUCUUAUCCAGAUGACCACUUACAAGAUCCAGCCAAACCGAAAAAUUCAGCUGUUUUAUGGAAAAAUGACAGUGAUUGGACUCAGAAUGAAAAUGUGAUCAAUAUUCAAAAUUUUUCCAAUAUUAAUAAUGAUAGCACUAAAUAUGUAAGUGAAGAUUCAAAAACUAGUAUGGAGGAUGCGAAUAUCAAUGAUGAGAAUUGUAUGUACAAGACCGACAGAGAUACAAACUUUAACAUGGAGUCAUCUAAUUCAUCGGAGAGCUGUCAGUCCAUGAAAGAUGUGUUGAUAAAGCAAGAGAUGGACCCAGCCACCAAUCUUGUAUCUAGCACAACAGUCACAAUGUCAUCAAUUAAUUCAGCCACUAUGACACAGAGCAUUAGAACUAAUGUAAAGAAAUCAAAAUCAGGAAAAGAUUCCAACAGGAGUCGCAGUUCAAACAAGGUGCCACCGGGGGCUGUGAACUUGGAGCGCAGCUACCAGAUCUGUCAAGCUGUGAUCCAGAACAGUCCCAAUAGAGACGCACUCCGCGGACAGCUGCGACCUCCACCAGCACUACUGACCCGAGCACCGAGACCACCUCGACCACCUCCACCGGUACUUGUUAGACAGCUACCAACUGUUAUACCACACCCUGAGAUUAAUGAAAAUAGAUCUAACAAUAUGGGACAGUACAUACUUGUUCAAAGAACACCGAAUGUGGCACCAAGAGCGUCCAGUGCACCUCCGUCUAAUCCUAACUCUAAUGUGAAUGUCACCCGCUGCCGGAGUGUGGGUGCCGAUGACUCAUGUGUGUGCAACCUUCGGGCUAUGAUACUGUGUAAGAAAUGCGGCGCCUUCUGCCAUGAUGACUGCAUCGGCUCCGCAGAGCUGUGCCUCACGUGCCUCAUCCGCUGA